AUGAGGAAAAAAAAAUGGAGGUUUUGGAAGAGGUUGGCCUGUUUCCACUUCUCUCGCCCAAGAGCUGGGAAGAGUGAGAAAGCUCAGGAUGAGAAAGUGGAGCAAAGCGAGAAGCUGGAGCAGGCUGGAUCUUCUAGGUGCUCUGAUGAUCAGAUUUCUCUGCAGAACAUCACAUGUGAUGUUCAUCAGGAAGCUCCGAGCUCUAAAGUCCUCCCCUCUUCUGAAGAGCAGCCGAGGAAGGAGCAUCUUCAGAAGUGUGUGGAAGGUAAUCUGUCCGAAGGAGAGAUUAAGUCCCCGUUGACAGAACAACAGGACAGUGAAGUGGCCACGAGCAGUGAGAGUGACCUGAUCACGCGAACCCGUUCUCUGGAAAUCGGCCUGACCGCCCUUGCCAAUAAGGGUCCCAGCUCACCCCACAUCAUUGAGCUGCUGGACUGGCAGGAGUUUCCAGACCAUUAUGUUAUGGUCUUGCAGUGCCCCUCGCCCUGUGAGAACCUCUUUGACUACUUGGAGCGCUGUGGAGGCAUCUUAGACGAAAACUUUGCACGGCACGUGAUGCAGCAGGUCGUCGAGGCUGCUGACAAAUGCUGCAGCCGCGGAGUUCUUCAUAGAGACAUCAAACUGGAGAACUUGUUAGUUAACACAGACAACCUGGACGUGACUCUGAUUGAUUUCGGCUGCGGGGACCUGCUGCAUGAAAUGCCGUACAGCACCUUUAGUGGUACAGAGGAAUACUGCCCCCCUGAAUAUUCAGAGACGGGCAAGUACCACGGACGGCCAGCAACAGUGUUUUCACUGGGGGUGGUUUUGUACACUUUGGUCUGCGGCUAUUAUCCAGACCACACCGAUCUGGACAAGAUCAAGAACUGGCUGUGGUAUCUGCCCAGCUUGUCAAAAGAAUGCAGCCAUUUGAUCAACGCCUGCCUGCAUCCCAACCCCGAGGAGAGAAUGCCUCUUGACAGACUCCUACUCCACGACUGGUUUAACGUCAUCCCAAAAGUCGUGGAGACAAGAGCACCCUGCUACGGCCACACAGGAAGUGCCCUGUAG